UCAAUUGGCUUCCCUCUAGCAUGUGUGUCAUUCCUGUAUGCAUAGUUUCUCAGCAGAAUUUAAAGGAUCUUCUGAGGAUUUUUAGUGCUUUGUUUAGUGGUGUAAUGCUGGGAGUUUUUUCUGGUUUUGUUUUUUUUUAACCAAUGGGGCAGUCUUAUUUGUUGUGAGUUUGAUGGUUUUUCAAGUGCUUUUCGAGUAAUCAGAAUUGUUUAUAUUAUCACAUCCCUACUUUUUCUGUGUAAGCAUUUAUGUUGGAAAUUUUAUGCGAGGCUUAAACUAAAUAAAAAAAAAUAUUUUGAGAGAAGUGCUGCUGAUAGGUAAGAAUCUAGGUAUACUUGCUGUUCAGUUUUUCUUUACGGUCUGUUAAGUAAUUUUUCUUUCAUACUGUAUUUGACACUACAGACUAUAAAACUGGGGUAGUUUUUUUUAAAAAAAACACCUUAUGAUUUGGAUAAUUUAUGUUCCAUAAUAAGUAGUAAAGCUUGUAAAAGUAGCUGAUUAUUCAAAGUCAGCUAUUAACUGAAAGCAUAACAGUGUGAAAAUUAUUUUUGAACGGUGCUAAAUUAGUUAAGCUUACAACCAGGCAAAUGAAAAAGAAAAACUAAAAACUAGGUAUUAAAAAAAAAUAAAAAUUAUCAUUACGUCUUCUCAAUUCUGGGCUGCAACUUUUCUAAAGUGUUAGUAUAAUGAGAUGAUGAUGUUUUAAUUUUUCUCAUAACUGCUCUCUUAGUUAUGGUUAGUGGAGAUCUAGUAUUUCAUGCGGUAGUUUAUUGCCAACUUCUUGAUUUAGAUUAAAGUUAAGCAAAGCCUGUCCACAUAUCCUCUAAACACUUUAGUUUUUCAUGCAGGCUGAGUUUAAAUCCAGUAAAAUUAAUAGACCUUUAUCAUUCACAGAAGGUUAUAUUGUACUUAGAGGCUUUGAGGACUGGAAAGGAUUAUUAAAUUGUGGUCUUACGUGUGUUUGGUCAGGAAAAUUGAACAAUGGGCACAAAGCAGCUCGCUAACCAUGAGAAUAGUUGUGAAAAAGACAAGCUUCUUGGAAACUCUUCUAUGCAGGUCUUUUGUGAUAUGUGAAAUUCCCUAAGGUGAAGGGAGCAGGCAAAGGGAAUGGCAAAGGAGAAAGGAGAAGACAAAAAGAGCAAAGCCACAAAUGUUUGAACUUCUGUAAUCAUUUAAACUCUACCAUUUGUCACUUAGCAGAUAGAUAGCAUUGAGAAUAAUUUUUAAAAGGGCAAAUUAGUCAGAAUAGCUUAAUUAAUAUAAAAAGUCAUAACACUGAUGUGAAUCUUUGAAAACGUUCCCUAAGGCUGAGGUUAGAGCAGCAUCAGAAAGUUAAGUAAUCGAUAAAAAAAAAUUAGUUUUAAUUAGGUUGAUGGUAAUUAGAUCCUGUACUUCAGAGUAUGAAAGUAGCAUUACAGCUAUCAGCAAAAUGUUUGCUCUGUACAAUAUUAGACAAAUGGACAUUUUUAUGAUGGAAUAGUGGAUUUUUGCUUUGUUCUCUAAAGUUUCAAGUGUUGGCUACUGCCGUAUAUACACUGCAGAUUUGAUUUGUCGUAGCGGAGGUGAAUAAACUUUAACAGUGAUUUCCUUUAUAAAAUUGCUGUUGGAAAUUUAUUCUUUCACUUUCUAGUCUUUCUGUUGCUUUUAUGGAUACACUGUAGCUAAAAUUUGUACAAAGAACCUGUAGUACCUUUGAAUACUGAAGCAGCUUUUUGACAUUUGUAUGCAAAACUCUUUCAACUGAUACAAACUUACUGGUUCCAUGCUAAAUUAACAGAGGAUGAAGUAUCAUCACACUCUCAGCAAGUGCUUAUGCUAUAUAGAUGUAUAUAUUCUGUAUGUAUAUAUUGUGAUGGGGUCUUCCUUAGCUAUUGCUUUUUAUCUAUUACUAAACAAUCUUCACAGAAUGAAAACCUACAAGAUAGUUUUCAGUUUCCUACUCAAUUUAUUUAAAACCAAUGAGUUCUUAACAUUACCUUGGUCUUGUGUGUGUUUCUUUUGUAACCAUUAAAAUUAAAGUGAGAGGGAAGUUCUGCUUGAAGAUCUGAGCUGGAAUUAGAAGAUUUUCUCCACUGUUUAUCUACUUAUUAACCACUCUACUCAUAUAUAAUUCUCUUUAAAUUAUUAUAUGCUGGAUUUACAUAUGAUUUGAUUUUUAGUGGAUUCUAGAGAUAUAUUCCUGGGUUUAGAUUACACAGAGCAAUCUCAUAUUACCUUGAAACAGCCUUCAUUUUAGAAUGUUCUCAUGAAUCAAAUUAAUCACAACACUGCAUUUCUUGAGCUAUGCGAGGAGCUUGGAGGAAAGGGCAUUUUCUGAGCCCUGCCUCUUGGUCUUGAUUUCUCUCAAGUAGCACUGGAUUUGGGGUACUUUGCAGGGGAUAAGGAGGUUUGCAGUUGCAGUGGACUUUCAUAAGGUCUGUGUCACAGAUCAGACCUCAUCUCCUCACCUUUCAAAGGCUGGGCUGCCAUUUUGGUAUGGAAGCUUUCUAGCUUCACCACCUUCCAUGGUGUCCUUGUUGGGAGAGAGAUUUUGAGUGUUUUACCGCUGAGUGUGUUUCAUGCUUCUUUUUCAUUUCUGAGGGAGUUUCAGUUUUGCUUUCAUGUAAUGCUUACACUUUGCUCUGGGUGUAAUGUCCAAAACAUAGUUCCCAUUCAUGGAGUUUAGACAAAAGAGCCUAUGGUGUAGAGCUGCCUUUUAUGCUUGGCUUUCUGAUGGCAGAUUUUACAUAUUUCUGUUUCCCUUUUGCUAAUGGAAGAGCUUGGGUAUGUGUGCCCAGCUGUUGCUGAUCUAAUUCCUUUGAAAAGAAGGCUUAUGGCACGCUGUCACAUGCUGAUUUCCUAUCAAUACUGAUCAGUUCCAUACUGAUUUACCUCAUUUUCACACUCGAGAGUUUUGGCAUGCAGACCCAUGUAAGGACCUCUUCCUGGGAAAGUACUGAACUACACCUGCAUCUGCUAGCAGUGGUACAUGGUCACACUACUGUGUGAAUUAUGCUUGCUCUGGACAAGGCUUACUCAAGUACGGACAUCAAGGCAUGGCAUAGUAUCUACAUGCUCCUCUCUGGUCCAAUUUCUGUUCCAUUGACUUGAGGUGAUACUUUUUUUGGAAGUCUUCACUAUAUACAGAUUUGUCUAUAUCUAUCAAGAUGUUCUUGGAACAUUUCUCAGAAGAAACGAUCAUACCUGCAAACUGGCCUCACAUAGGUAACACUGAGAAUGUGUGAAUAUCCAGGACAUUGAGGUGGUAUUAGUGUCUUUUGGACUCUGAUAGCCAAAUGUAAGAGCACCUUGUCCAUCAGUGUACCAGUUGUUUCCUGGGUCAGUACCAAGAGAGGAUAAAGAAGAUACAAUAUAAUGGUGUCUGGGUUGAUAGUAGACCUCCCAGACAUGGAAGAAAAUACUGCCUCACUUUUGGCACUUUGGAAUCAGCACCAAGAAAGGUACCCAUAAAUUUUCUGUUGGGAGAAGAGAAGGAUACUUCAUUCAGACUCAGGAUCUGAAUACAGACCAGGACAUGUCUGAGACUGUGCUGGGCAUCCAGAUCUCUUUGUAGAGACAGAAACUCCAGAGACAGCAGCCAAGUGGGUUUGGGAGGAGAGAAGCUCAGGAAUUAAGGGAAUCAACACAAGAUGCUACAAAUUUACCAGUGCCACAGUUGGAGAAUUCUGGCUCCCUAGCUGAAGCAUUUCAUCAGAUGUCUGGCAACAUAAGUGGUGAUUCUUGACAAAUUUUCGUGUCAACAAAUGGAAAAGAAGGAAAACAUGUUGCUUUUUGACUUCUAGAGAGACAUGGGAAGGGACAGUGGAAUUUACAAAAUGCAUUCAGAAAAAUGGAAGUUUGAAGAUGAUAAACUAAACUGAUUUUCUGAUUACCAAGACAAAUCUAGGGAAGAGAACAGAGAAGCUAUGGCAGGGAGACUGCAUAAUGGGGAGAAGAAGCUGGAAGAGCAAGAGUUCCAGCCGAAGCUGUUCAGGGAGUACAUGCAUUGCCCGAAGGCUGGCUGCACGGUAUGUCCCCCUAAAGGUCCAUAUGCAUGGGCAGCAUGUACCAGCUGCUCAACACAGUGCUUUGGUAAGACGCAAGACAAUAUUUAUGAGACUCUCUUCUGGGUCGUCCCCUUGGUCCUCAUCCCUUACCUGUGAUGGAAAGAAAGGGACAGGAAUCCACACAAUCCCUGCAUUCUCUUUGUACUGCUUUUUAAUAACUAGCUCCCAGUUGCUGGGGCACUCUUGCUUGUUUGUUUCUCCUAUGGGGUUGUUUGCAUAGCAUGCUUUUUACAGUGUUCCUGCACGUUUUCUGUUUUAAUAAAUGUAUUUCACAGAAUUUCUUAGUCUGAGAAAUAACUAAGGAAUUUUAAAGCAGCUUUAGAACAGUACCAUCUUGAAGUGUAAUUGCCCACCUACCUCACUGUAGGAUAGUGUCCUUCACUUAAAAUAUGGCACAAGCAUUACCUUUGGUUAAACCUACCGUUGCUACGUAAUGGAAUCUUCUUCCGAAUUAUGGAUUGAAAGCGCUCACUUUCUUCUGUUCUGUAGCUGCUGUUGCUUUUUUCAAGUCUCAGAUAAUCAAGCUGGGAAUAGCAGCCUAGUAGUAAGCAUUGCAUUUAUCUGAUCAUGUUUUUCUUUAAUAGCCUGGGGAACUAUUUAAGAUGUAUUGGUUGUUGCGAUUGCAUUAAUGGCAAAUAUAAUCCAGUUAAGCUUUUCCAAUGAUGUUACAUGAUUUUUCCUUAUAGUGGCAGUGAAUGUUGAAGUGAGUAUCUUCUCCUGGGCCAUAUGAAAAGAACAGCUUUUGAUUUGAAUAGUGUGUAACAUGAAUUUAUACCCAGGUGACAAUGAAUCAGGCCUUGAUUUUGAAGUGCAUCCUAGAAAUUGUUGGCCUUUUUGGGGGAAGACAGGAGUUGGAACAGCUCACAACUCUUCUUAGCUCGAGGAAGCCUCCUACAAAAUAUUGACAAGCUGUUCCGAGAGCUGUAGAGUAGGUCCCCAGAAGGCUGUGUGCUCGGGAUGCAUGUGCACGUGGCAGAACCCAAGCUGAAACAGGAUGUCUGGCAGAAAGGCGUUACACUGCUUACAUUGGUGCAAUGUAAGUUCUCUGAGAGGUAAUAUGAGAAGUUUUUUUUGCUGGAGAAUGGUAGUCUAGCCCUGAAGCCUCUGUUGUAUGCUUUGGACCCUAUACAGAGUACAAUGGCAAAUUUGACCUAAUGGAAAACGUUGAUUACUGUUUUAAGAUUUUGUAUUGACAUUGCUAUCUUUAUUUUAGUUUGAUUUUAAACUGUGUUUUACAAACUGUUUCCUUACCUAUAUGUGCUUUGUUGUACCAAAAAACAGAUUUCCCCACUUUUCAGCUGAUAGAUGGUAUUAGUUUAAUACUACACAAACAAUUAAAAAAACCCACAACACUUCUCUUUGGAAAAAACGUUUGCUGGGUUGAUGCAUAUGCCAUCAUCAUUACCAUUCACAUACGAGUCAGAACAGAUGUUGAACACAUCACAUCUUUUUUUCCUUCUCUUGUUUCUGUGAUUGGGAAAGCAACAAAAACGUUUACUUUGCUGUCAUGAUCUGCAGCAACUGUAGCUGUAACUGCAUUAUUGUAAUCCUGUAGAAAGCAGUGCUGGCUUGCAGGUGUACAGACAUGCACAUAAACACACACAUCUCUCUGUCUCUGCCCUGCAAACAUGCAAGUUUUUAGUUCAGUGUUGGUUACUACACAGGUAAAUGUUCAUUGUUUAUAUAUACUGUAGUCCUACAGAAAGACCCUGAACACUAUUGGGACCUAAAGAACAAAUAUGCAACAAGAAAUUCUUUGUAUUCCAAAUACAGACAGAAGUGUCACAAGGUAGAAGGAUGGCAUGAGGCUAGAAAAGAUGCUUAUUUGAGAAGUUAUUAGCAUUUAUUUGAAAAUAAACCCCAGGUCUCCAAACUUCCAUCCUGGUGAUUCCAAUACUGCUCUUCAUCUCCACAUGUUCAGCUGUGUACACUUGGCAUCAUACUGAUAUGCUUGGGGUACAAGUCUGGUUGGAAGUGAAUUUAUUUGCUUUGGAAAUGGCACUUUGUAGUUUUUUCCAUAGGACACCUUUAUUAUGCUUUAAUCUUAUGUUCACAUGCUUAUAACCAAGUAUUUUGAAUGUACGUUUAAUAUAAGAAUUAGUGUUAUCCUGAAAAUAAUAAUGUGUUUAUUCUUCAUGAUUUUUUGGUGCUUACUGUUUUAGUUUAACUGUUCCCUCUAUCCAUGAAACAGGUUGCCACUGAGAAAUUUUAAUUUAACAGAGACACGAGAAGGCUGUCUUAAUUUUAAGGCUGUCUUAGUUUUACUAACAAAAUGAGGAUGAGAGAGAUGAUAAAGACUGAAUUUUAUGGUGGUGUUAAGUGAAUCAGUGAUAAACUAUAAAUCUAUUUCAUCUCUGUCAAUUUGGGAUCCAUGACCAUGAUGUAGAGUUGGUAUUUAUUUUAUGCAGUAGACUUUGCUCAGUGUAUCAUAGCUUGUGUUUUCACAUUGCAGAAGAGAAGAAUUCCAUAGCUUUACAUUUCUGAUCCAUAAUGUGUGAAAUUUCAAAGGUUAUGUUUCAUGAUAUAAGUUUCAGAAUGUAGACUUGACAUUUAUGGAACAAAUAGAAAUCUGGGACGAUGUUGCUUAAUGCAACCAAGUGUUACAUGUCUUUGUUGUUAAUAACUUAAUUUUUAACAUUCUCAGCAUGUCAUGCAUUUAAGCUCGAAUGAAAGUGUUUUUCUGCAUUAAUGGUUUAUCUGUGUGCUGCAUUUUUUCAUUCUGAGUUGAAAAGAUGUGGGAAAGAAAAAUAAUAAAAAAAAUCCAAAGCAGCAGUAAAAUCAGAGCAUAGAGCUUGACAUUUUGCUUCUUGUGCUCUUUUGGGGAUGUAUUUUGCCCCUCUCUCCCUUUACCUUUUAGGUCAUAUUGUUUCCUUUCAUUCCUUCUUCAAAAAUGACUUUAUGCGUUCUUACUGAAGAUAGUCAACCAUUUUGUCACAUGGGUGAAGAACUCUUUCCUGUGUUAAGAUCAAUUAAAAUGAUAUUAUUUUUAAAGGCAUAUAAUGGUAUGCAUGAAACCUCCAACACACUGCAAUAUUCCAGGGACAGAAACUCUGUUGAAAAUUGAAGGAUACUUGCUCUUGUCACCUCUUUAUUAAAAAACUGCUUGGAAUUAGAAGUUCACUGUUAAUUUCAUGGUGUUUUUCUUUUGCCAUCUGUCUUCAGAGUUUAUGUUUUCUUAAUUUUCAUAUUUUUAUUUUAUUUUGAGUUCUUCAGAUGAAAGUGAAUUGAUAGGUUACUUAAAGAUUUUAGCAAUAAAAAUAAUUUCAUUAAACAAAAUAAUUAUGCCAAGCCCUGUGUAAUGACCAUGGCAGUAUUAUUCAACAGAUGGUCACAGGUUCAUUUUUAUGAAUGGGAAUAUUGGGAAUUCUUCGUACUCAUUAUGUGCAAGAGAUUCACAGAUGUCCUUUGCAAAUCUGCUUGUGAAAGGCUUGGAUGCUUUAAGACAGCAGCAGAAAAGAAGAAAUGGAGUCUCAAUGAUGGUAAACAAGACUGUUCCUCGUGUUGUUUUGACACCAUUAAAGGUGUCUGAUGAGCAGUCGGAUUCACCUUCAGGAUCUGAAUCUAAAAAUGGUGAAGCAGAUGGUUCUGAUAAAGAGAUGAAACAUGGGCAAAAGUCUCCAACUGGAAAACAAACAAGCCAGCACUUAAAGAGGUUAAAAAAAUCUGGUUUAGGACAUUUGAAAUGGACCAAAGCUGAGGAUAUUGACAUAGAAACACCGGGAUCUAUUCUAGUGAACACUAACCUGAGGGCUUUAAUAAAUAAACACACCUUUGCUUCUUUACCUCAGCAUUUUCAACAAUACCUCCUGCUUUUGCUUCCAGAAGUAGACAGGCAGAUGGGAAGUGAUGGAGUUUUGCGCCUCAGUAGUUCUGCUCUAAAUAAUGAAUUCUUUGCAUAUGCAGCACAAGGGUGGAAACAGCGACUGGCAGAAGGAGAAUUUACACCAGAAAUGCAGUUGCGCAUCAGACAAGAGAUUGAAAAGGAAAAGAAAACAGAACCUUGGAAAGAAAAAUUCUUUGAACGGUUUUAUGGUGAAAAAUUGGGAAUGUCAAGAGGGGAAUCAAUGAAACUCACUGCAGUGCAGAACAAUGAUGAAGAUGAAAGCAAUUCUUUGUGUGGAUCUUCUGGCACACCUGGUCCUUCUAAGCAAGCAACCUUUGAGGAUCAGGAGGAGAAAGGUGCUAAAAUUCCACCUGUACCAGAGAGAGAUUAUAGUCCAUCUCUUGGUAGUAUGGAACAGGUUCCUGUUAAGGAUUUAACGGCAGACUCUGAGGAUAUACUGAUACCUGAAGAGUCAAUCAUUCAGGAGGAAAUUGCUGAAGAGGUCGAGACAAGUAUUUGUGAAUGCCAAGAGGAGAACCAUAAACCAGAACAGGAGUUUUCUGAGGAGUCCGUAAGUCCAACUGGCACAAAUGAGGAAACAGAAGCAGUAAAGCUUGCAGACAGCACUGAGUCCUGUGUCAUGAUGAAUGAUGUAACUGAUACUGUAUCUCACAUUGAAAUUAAAGUGGAGUUGAAGUCAGAAUGCCCUCAGGAAGAGAUGUCAGUUGUGAUAGAUCAGCUGGAGGAUUGCAUAUCACCAGCACAAUCAGUUUCACCCACAAACUCUGUCAGUGGUACAGUAGAGAAGGUUUCUGAGUCUGCAAAAGAACUAAUUGUGCCAGAAAUGCAAAAUGCUGCUCUGGAAGCCUCCUUGUUCACUGGUGGAGGCAUUGCAGUGGACAUGGAGCUUCAUAGUGACCCUGAGGAACAGUUGUCUGAGAAUGCUUGUAUUUCUGAAACUUCCUUUUCCUCUGGAAGUCCAGAAGUUUGUGUUGCCUCUCCUGGAGGAGACACUCAGUCGACUUCAGAGGAACCCUGUACUCCGGCAUCUCUUGAAACAGCUUGUUCGUCUGAAGGGUCCAGUACUGAAAACAUUGAAGGUGAUAUUCAGCAAAAGGCCAGUGAUGAAAAUUUGCACACACCUUUAAUGUCGGAAAUCUCUCCAAUGUCCACCUCACCUGUAACUUCGGAAGCAUCUCUGAUGUCAAAUUUACCUUUAACAUCAGAGGCAUCACCAGCUUCUAAUUUACCUUUAACAUCAGAAACAUCUCCAAUGUCUGAUUUGCCUUUAACAUCAGAAACAUCUUCAGUGUCUUCUGUUCUUCUAACUUCUGAAACAUUUGUGACAAAUAGUUUGCCUCUUCCAUCAGAGACAUCUCCAGUUUCCAAUACCCCAAGCAAUGAAAGACUUACUCUGCAACAAAGGCAAUCACCAUGUUUGUUGGAAGACUCCCUUCCCACUUUGAAAGAGGAAAGCUCUCCUGUUACUAAGGUGGUUCAAGAAGAGAAACUUGUUCAGCCAAAGCAACAUCAGAGUGCUCCUGAAAAUAUGAAAGUUUGUCCAUUAGCAAUUAUACCUGAUACUUUAGUAUUGGAAGAACCCCAAAGCAAAAACCUUGGCCAUCAGCCAUGUAAGUCACAUUCUGAAAUUGAGAAAUCCUACAUUGCAUCCAUCCCAGAACACACACCUCCAGAGGUGAUCAAAAAUAAAAAUCACAGUGUUCAGCAAAGAGGUGACAAGAAAGGUACACUCUUACCUUCAGAGGUAUCUGUCUUAUCAGAAGGAUCAGUUGGCAAAAAUAUCGAAUUGCUUCCAUCAAAGCCACAUGAUAAACUAUAUACCUCAUCUCUAGAGAAAACUACAUUCCCUGAAGUGUGCAGAAAUAAAUCUCACAAGCUAACAGGCAGUGCCCAAAGUCGCCUAGAGAGUUUGCAUUCUUCCAAGUCAUUAGAACCCACAAAAUCACCAGAAGCAAGGAGUGAAAGUAGAGACCCAGAGAUCCCAAAGAGGAAAACAGCAGAACAGCACAGUUUUGGAAUCUGCAAAGAGAAGAGAGCUAGAAUAGAUGAUGAUCAGCCUAACCGUAGUGCUUCAUCAACAAGUCCGUCUGAUAAAGAACAGCCACCUAGAGAGGAACCCCGAGUUCCACCCCUUAAGAUUCAGCUUUCAAAAGUUGGACCACCUUUUAUCAUCAAGAGCCAACCUGUUUCUAAACCAGAACCUCGAGUUUCCCCAAGUACAUCGGUCAGCAGUGGGAGGAACACUGGGGCUAGGACUCUGGCAGAUAUCAAAGCAAGAGCUCAGCAAGCAAGAGCCCAAAGAGAAGCUGCAGCUGCAGCAGCCGUGGCAGCAGCUGCGAGCAUAGUCUCUGGAGCAAUGGGGACCCCAUGCGAAGGUGGAAAGACAAGAACACUGGCACACAUCAAGGAGCAAACAAAGGCCAAGCUAUUUGCAAAGCAUCAAGCCAGAGCUCAUUUACUCCAGACUAAUAAAGAAUCAAAGUCACAAUUCAGCUCAAAGGAAAGUACCUCAUCUCUGGAGAUACCAAUGUCUACUGACACGAAGAUUGAAGGUUCUACUGGUGUCAUUAUAGUUAAUCCUAACUGCAGGUCCCCUAGCAACAAGUCUGCUCAUCACCGUGAGACCACCACUUUAUUGCAGCAGUCCCUUAACACAGCUACAUUACCAGAAACUGCUACUGAGAUAUCUGUGCACAGUUCUGAUGAAAAUAUACCUGUGCCACAAUUAUGUGAGAAAAUUAUUUCAUCUACCUCUACUGAAAGUAACAGUGUGCCAGUGCUUUAUAAUAAAAGUUCAGUCUCUGUGUGUGUUUGCAGCACUGCUAUGUCUGGAGCAAUUAAAGAACUUUCUUUUGCAAGUUCUGUUGAUAAAUCCUCUGUGUUAAUGUCUGUUGACAGCGCAAACACAGCAGUUUCAGCUUGUAAUAUAAAUAUGCUGAAAACCAUCCAAGGGGCUGAUACUCCAUGCAUAGCUGUUGGACCAAAAUGUAUUGAUAAUAGUAAUGUCCCAGUCUCCAUAGACAACACAGUCUUACCAAAUGCCAUCGAUGACAAAAGGUUGCCGCUACCAAGUAGCAGUGUGAAUAACACAGUCUCCAGUCAUUAUGCCACUGUGCCAGCUUCAUCUAUUGCAAAUAAUUUGCCAAACCAUCUCUCUGGUAGUUCUGUACUGAUUCCUCCGGUGGGGACUACCAGCAGGUUUCCUUCUGAUAAGAUAGCCAUAACCGGGUGUAACGAGCAGAGCACUGUCUCCAUUCACACUACCGUCAGGUCAGCUUUAAGUUGCAGCGAGGCCCUUGCAGUAGCAGAUUCUGUUGCAAGGCCACCCAUUUCCAUGUUCGCUGGUAACAUGGUGACAAUAAGCUCUUAUGAUAAUGCUACUAAACUGAAUGCUGAUCUCAUAGAAAAAAGCUCUGGAGCACGAAACCGGAUGGAUCUCCCUGGUAAAUCUCAGCCAGUGAGUUUUACGCAAACUGCCAUGAAUAGGUCUAUACCUUGCAAAGUCAUUGUUGACCACACCACAAAUCAGAAUUCCAGUCUGUCACUUUCUUCUUCUAUUGAAAACACAGAAAACAGCAUUGACCUGCAGAGCAGACCUGUAAGGACAGAAGCUGCCUUACAAAGUAUAGCCUGUCCUCAGGUGUCUGUCAUAAGUAGGCCUGAAGUGGUCCCUAAUGAAAACCUUGAGCACAGUUCCAGCUUUAUCGCCAUUACAGCAAAGCAAGACAGCAAGAACUUGCAGGCAGGUUGUUCAAGUCUUCGAGAAGUGCCUCUUGCUCCUCAAGAUAAAUUAAUUGAGGUGGUUACUCCCAGCCAAGGUUUUGCUGAGCAUUUAAGAGGUCCUUCAGCGUUGAAAAAUGAAGCAAAUGCUGCCUGUGCCAAUCAAUACAAUGCCAACAACAGAAUUUGUUGGCGUGAUGAAGAGGCAAUGAAUACAGACCAGCCAGUGGUCAGCCAUCUUUCCUCUGGUAAGCAUAAGGAAUAUGCAGACCAAAAUUGCUUGAAAAAUGUCAAAACUGAACCUUCCAGUUACACACAAAUGUCAGAACUGCAAUCCAGGAGUCUUUUGACGAGCAUUGCUGUUCCUGUUAAAUCAGAAACUAACGAGUCUGACAAAUGCUUCAGGAUGGACACCGAGGAUUUUACAGGACCUGAAAUGCGUGCCCAGACUGCAGAAAUAAACACGAGUGCGCAGCCACCUCAAACAUCCAAGACAUCCAUUGCAGACUCCAUGGAAGACUCCCUCUCCCUGACAACAGAAACCCUAAAGAGAGUUACGAGUGCCGGGGGCUCUAGCUGUCGCUUGUCGUCAGUGGAGGCCAACAAUCCCUUAGUGACACAGUUACUGCAAGGCAAUCUGCCUUUAGAGAAAGUGCUGCCGCAGCCCAGAUCAGGAGCCAAACUAGAAAUUAAUAGGCUUCCAUUGCCUUUGCAAACUACCUCAGUAUGUAAAACAGCAGUGUCCGAGAGAAAUAUUGUUGAACAUGCUUCCAACUCUCCUAAUCCAGAUGGUAAAGGAUUUCCAGCAGGCAGCAUAGCCCCGCUACAAAUCAGAAAGCGUGAAAACCAUCCGAAAAAGAGGAUGGCCAGGACUAUAGGGGAACACGCUCAAAUUAAAUGUGAGCCUGGGAAGGUGUCAAUGGACACAGAUGUUAAAGUGGCUCCCUGUGUAAUUAAUUCCAGCAUGAAUCAGCUAGGGCACGGACAGCCAUUUAAGCAGGAGUGGCUGAACAAGCACGCCAUUCAGAGCCGAAUUGCUCACAGUCCAGAGAUCAAGCAGCCGAAGAGGCCGUUGCCUUCAUGCAGUUUCCAGCAGAGCUUAUUUCACAUUGAUAAAAAUGGCAGCUUUCACACAGAAGCUAGUACCUCACAUAGACAGCAUUUUUACCAAAUGUCCAUGGCUGCAAGAGGCCCCAUUCCUACGGCAGCUUUGUUGCAAACUACUUCAAAAGGCCCACCUGGCUGCAACACAUUUGCUUUUAGCAGACACCUUGAACAGAAGGGCUUGGGAGACAUGAAUAUUUCUACAGCAGCUCACCAGCUGAGGCUAGGAAGUGUAUUUUCCCCUAAUAUUCAGAUUAAGGAAGGUGAUGACAUUGCCAGUGCCUCUCAAACUCUCCAGAGUAAAACAUUAGUGCAUCCCCCUGCUCCCCCUCCACCCCUACCACCUCCUCCCCCUCCUCACCCAAAUGCAGAAGUCCCCUCUGAUCAAAAACAACCGACAGUUACUAUGGAAACCACUAAAAGACUUAGUUGGCCUCAGCCAGCAAGCAUCUGUAGCAAUAUAAAAUCUGAACCUAUUUCUUUUGAGGAAGGUUUAAGCAGCAGCUGCGAACUGGGCAUGAAACAAGCUUCCUAUGAUCAGAACGAAGUGAAAGAACAGUUAAAAGCAUUUGCAUUAAAAAAUGCAGAUUUCUCUUCCUAUUUACUUUCUGAGCCACAGAAGCCUUUUACCCAACUUGCUGCUCAGAAAAUACAAGUGCAGCACCCACAGCAGCAGCAGCAGCAGCAGCUCUGUGGAAAUUAUCCUACAAUACACUUCGGUAGCACAAGCUUCAAAAGGGCAGCAUCUGCAAUUGAGAAAUCGAUUGGGAUUUUAGGAAGUGGCUCAAACACUGCCACAGGCCUGUCUAACCAGAAUGCGCAGAUCCCGGUUCAGAAAUUUGCUGACAGCAGCAAUGCUGAUGAACUGGAACUGAAAUGCUCUUGCAGGCUGAAAGCCAUGAUCGUGUGCAAAGGCUGCGGAGCCUUCUGUCAUGAUGACUGCAUAGGGCCUUCCAAACUGUGUGUAGCUUGUCUAGUCGUGCGGUAGGAGCUGAAUCAAAGAUGCAGUAUCCCUUAUCAACGUGGGAGAGCAGGACAAAGGAACAGAGAAAUUGAAACAGCUUAGGCCACUAAUGGUUUGCAAUUAGUGGAUUGAUUUUUUUUUUAUUAUUUUUUUUUUGUUUUGUUUUCUUCUAUGUGGUGCUUUCAGAAUUUAGUUGUUUCUACCUGAGUGCCAUUUUCUGGGAAGAAGAGGAAACCUGUAGAAGUAGUUAAAAAAAAGAUAGCCUUGUUACUGAAGCUUCUAUGAGCUCUUGCUGUGCUAAAAAAAAAAAAAAAAAGAAAAAGGCAUUAAUGCAUGUCAUUUGUAGCUUCUAUUUAUUUGCACAAAGUGCAGCACAUUUUUUUCUCCACUUUUUGAUAGUUGAUACAAGCUGCAGGUUAAAGAUCAGUGGCAGAAUAGCACUGUAAGAAGUGGAGUAACUAUGCAGAAUGAAUAACACACUGAAUAGCAACUGUUUUGAGAGGGGUAGUGGCAAGGUGCAGGGUAUCGGUCAUCGUAGCUUCAAAGUCAGUUUGCAGUUUUUCUGCUGAUAAGAUUGUUUUCUUCAAUUGACUUUCAUUAUAGUCACUUCACGUAAAAAAAAAAAAAUUAAAAGAGGAAUUUAGAUUUUUAGAGGAGUUUCUUUAUGUGCCUGCCAAGGACUAUGGAACUCAAAUGUUACUCAUCAUCUCUUGUUGUUGAUUCCUUGAGAAAGAUUUGUAUAUGCAAUGGGUUAGUGGGACCAACACUGGAAUCACAUGGGCUUCGGUAGAGUCUGGAGAAAGUAAUUUCUCUCCUGGAGAUUAUAAACCUGUUUUCUCUUCCUGUUUCCCACUCAAAUGGUCUUUAUUUGUAUUUCUCUGUCUAAUCUGUUCACUAGGUUUAUCAGUCCCAAAUAUAUAUAUAUAUCUGUAUAUAUAUAUAUAUAAGAUCAGACUUAUGUAAUUGAUUCUUGAGGUUUUAGCCUUUCUGUGGCCAAAAAAUGAUGGAUACUUCUGAUUAAUAACAAGGAAAGACUUUAAUUGCAUGUUGGUUGAAUGUUACAAUGUCAGUUCUUUUUCCUCUUAUGUGAGUUACUCUAUUUAAAUAACAUCUCAGAGUUUUGCCAUUUAAAGUAAUUCUUAGAAUUAUUUACAGCACUGACUUUUUUUUUUCUCAAAGGUAUUCAGACCCUUUUAGAAAUUUGGAAGCAAAAUGUAUUUUUAAAAGGGAUACUGCAUCUUUAAAGUAACUUUCAGUAUUUAUCCAGUACUGUAUUUACAUUCAGGACUAUAGCUGCAUUCCAGAUGCGCUAGCCACCAUAACAGCAGAGAAGAAAAAUGGUGAUUUUGGGGCCCUAUUCACUUAAAAGGAAAAUAUUAUAAAGGGAUAAAGCACAUGCAGUUGCUGGGAAGAUGAAAACACCUUGGGUUUGUUUUAAUCUCACUUCAAGAACACAAAACGUGGAGUGCAAGUCAUCCAUCUGCCAAUAUGUGGUUGGGUCUGCCCAAAUGUCAGCAUCAGAGAUAAAUGGGGUUUUUUGCCAUUACAGUAGAACCUCACUAAUCCAAAGACCUUAGGACCUGCUCACAAAAACUGAUUUUCCUUCCACGGUUUUAAGAAAGCAGUGUAGUAAGAAUGUGUGAGAUGUAAUGCUGCUUGGAUUUCAUCAUGCAUUUACUGUUGCAUUCUGAUGUAUUGAUGUGAAUGGUAGAACUGCAUUUAGGAAAUGAAAAGUAUCCUACAUUUUACACUACCCUUUUUUAUCUGAUUAUUACAUUCUUACUCAUCAGCUGUAACCAGUCUCCUUGGCUCAUGUGCGUAUUAGUGAGGUUCUACUGAAUGGAGGAACCAUAUUUAUUUUCUUGUGGGACCAUUUUCACAAACAUGAUAAAUGCUGUUUAUUGUCUUAAAAGUGAGCUGGAAUAUCUACAACAUACAUUCCUGUCAUAGGAAGCUCUAUGGUGCACCUUGAUGUUCUCUUUUAUUGUAAUUAGCAACAUAUCAAUAUUAUUUUUGACACUGUGUAGUACAAAGGCCAUUUGUAAUAACUAACAAAUUUGUUGCUGAUACAAUAAUAUAUUUUUUCUAUACAAAAGUGCUCCUUAAUAUGACAUGUGAACUAAGGAAUGGCUUCUCAGCACUUUCAGGUCUUCUGGUAGGAAAAUAAACCAGCCAAGCAAAAACAUAAAGUAACGUAUGAAAACUAGUCCAGCUGCUGGCAAAACAGCAACUGGGAAAUACUCAUGACUAAGCAUGAGUGUAGUCAGUUAAUACAUAUCAAAUUCAUAUAUGAGGAGCCUUUGUAUCAGAAUUGUAUUGCAUUGUAUUUAUACUUGGUAGAGGUAGGAUACUUCUAUUUAAGAAAAAAAGAGCAACCAGUCUUAGACUUCUAUUUACCUAUGUUUAUAUAAGCCUGCUGGGAAUCCUUAUUUCUAGCUCAGGUUUACCUGUCCACAGCACAUAAGUCAAUAUUUGUUUGUAUUUGCAUCUUGAAGUAGUUCCUGUAUUGACUAACAUAAUACAGAAAUAAAUUGCGGCCACAAAAUAGUUUUAUUUUGUUCAAAGGGUAAGAGUGUGACUAAUAUGGUAGGUGAGUCAUUCACAUCAUAUUGUCAUUUUUGUAUCAGGAUUGCAACUUGCAUGUGUGAGGUCAUGAUAAAAUAUUAUUUAAAAUGGCAUUGGACUGGAUGGUGCUAUGUUAUAUUACUCAACCAACCAAACUCUGCCAUAGUGCAGUUCCACUCCUUUCAUUCUUGAGUCAUUGGAGUUGCACCAGGAAUAAAUUUAGCCAGUUAGUCAGCAAGAGUGGUAAAGUUUUCUUACAGAUUAGGUUUAGGGUAUUAUAAUACUCAAAAGCAAACAGUGAUAUGGAAGCCUGACUGAAACCUAGGGUGACUGAAAACCUUACUUGGAUUCUAGUAUCACACAAAUGCAUAGGGGAGAGUGACCCUAGGUCUUCAAAAAGAACCCAAUCACAUUUAGAGGUUUAUUUUAAAUGACUUCUUGAGGUUUUUUUGUUUAAUUGUUCAGGUUUCAAGCCCGAUGUCAUGUUUUCUAAUGGCCAUGCAGUUUGCACCGUGGGGUUUUAAUAGUUUAUGCACUGAAAAGUGGUGAAAGAAUUACUUAAGAACACACUGCUCUAUGUUUGUGUGUACAUACAUAUGUGUCCCAGUGUCCAUCAUGUAUAAUUUACCUUUUUUUUUUAAGUUCCAAAAUUUUUCCCCCACUCCUACCCCUGGAGCAGCACUUUUGGGUGAGAGGGAGAAACACUUUUUUCUUUCCUCCCUCUUUAUUGUUUUAAUUGCAUACCUGUGAGAUAUGCAGAUAAUGUUAGGGCAUUUGCAGUGAGUGUGUGUCUGUUUUUCUGUUCUGAAAUAAUUUUUCAAGCAGAAACUCCCUUUGAAAUAAUGUUAAAAAAAAUAAUUAAGAAAUGAUGAACUGGAUGCUCCCUCUUUGCAUUUUAUUUAUCUGUUGAGAUCUAGUACAUGAAAUAGCAUUUAGAAGACAAAAAUAAAGGUUGAGCCAUAAAGUGAAAGGUAUAUUCUCUGUGCUAUAGACUUUCUUCUUGAGGGUGGUGCAUGUUGUCAGGGUAAGCUACAGAACGUGCAGAUGGUUUUUCAGGGCCCUGCAAUUCCUUGCACAGUUUUUAAGCUGGUGCAUAUGGUGCUUUAUAAUGCAAUUUCUGAAGUAAAAUUACCUUAUGCUGCACCCCCUUCCCCUUAUGAACACACGCACAAUUUCAGAAUCGUUAUUGUAGCCUCUGGUUUAGCAGUUUCUCCAAGGUGUGGUGAAGUACCAGGAUAAACACUCAAGAUGAGCUGAGAAAUGUCACAGAAAGGGAUCAUUUUAGCUGACACACCUGAAGGGCCCUGUUCUGAACACUGAAUGGCUUCUGCAAUCUCCUGGCAGCAGCGCAGCAGUUCAUCUGCUGUGGCUCUGCAGAACACUGAGGGGGAGGCAAUGAAAUAUUCAGUGGAUUUAUCAUGGACCUGUGUAGCUAAAUGUUUCUGAAUCUAUGAAAUCCUGUUGUCUUCAGUCAUCAUGCUUUGUCACUGUAAAACCAACAAAAAGUAAAAAAAAGCAUUUUUUAGUCUAAUUUGAGGAGCUGCUUCUUUUAUAGCACAUAAUAUUUCGCUUUGUACUAUAUUUGAUAGUUAAAGAAUAAUUUAGUCCGUAGAAUAACUUUGUUGUAUUUGUACUGUUCAUGAAUGUUACAAGAAAAGUGCUUUACUUUGUUGCCAUAAUUCUCUUGUACUGCUGUAAAAUAUUUUUUCUGCUUUACGGAAACUUAACUCGAUUCACAUUUUCAGUACAGGGUUUUUUGUGUGUAUGUAUUUUUUUUGUCAGUAUUCUGAAUGUUUACAUCUGUUCAACAUUAGCCAUUCUAUGCCUUUAUAGGGCAGUAUUACUCCUGCAGUAUAACAGCAAUGUGAAAUCCACUCAUACGUAACAUGCAUGAGAAAUACAGAUUUAUUGGGGAGAUCCCUAAUGUGCAUAGAUAUUUUUUUUAUCCACAUUCAAUGAAGUAAGUACCCUCCUUCAGUCCUCUACCAAAGAAAAUAUUAUUCCCACAGGACAUGCUUGGAAAGUGGUUCUCUGAGUCUUCAGAAGGGGGUGUAGUUGGUUUCAGCAAGAUUGCUACAGUUUAAUGCUGUUAUGCUUUGCUUUGUUACCCCACCAGAUGUGACUGGGUGAAACAAGCAUUUUAGCAAUUUUUUUAUUUCCAGACAGUGUUUUGUUUAGAAUUCAGGGAUCAUGCUUUCUUUAAUGGUGCUGUUUGUUUUUUUGGUUUUUUUUAAGAAAACAACCUUUUGUUGCCUACAGAAAUGACCAUUCACAAAACCAUAAAUUAAAUGAAAUAAUUUGUCUUCAUAACUUUUCUCCCUUUCCUUUCCCCCUUCCCUAUCCCUUGAAAAUAACAACUUGGGCUUCAAUAUUAAAAUAUUCUGGAAAAAAAAAUAAAGAGAUAAAAUAA